GGCGCCUGCACAGGCCUUUGCCGGGGGCGUUUCUGGGGGGCGAUGACAUGGGGGCAUUUUCUGGCAGCAAAAGCGCCUUUUUGGCAGGGCCGCCAAACUUUUGCAAUCGUUGAUCCGUCCAGCUCUUUCGCGCCCCCGUUGCGACGCCUCCCUUUGCCUUGCCUGCGCUGUGCAGCGUCUGCAGGCCCAGACCUGUGCUUCUGCUGUCCCGAGAGCCUCUGAUUCUAGCGCUGCUGGACGCCGGCAGCCGCGCCGCAGCGUCUAUCCCGUCCAGCUGCCCCCUCGUUUGCCCCGAGGUUGUUCCCACCCCUGCUCUGUGGCCACUAAACGAGACCACUCACUCACUGUACUGUACUUACCGCACUGCUGUGACGUGUGAGGAGGCCCUACAGCCUACAGGGAAGCACAACCACCACCGUUCUUUUCCCGCACACUUGACCUCCAAACCUCUCCACACAACCAGCCCGUUUUGUCCGCGUAGCGAGGCACAAAGAGCGAUACUGCAGGAGGCUAAAAACGAAACAGAAAGAAGGAACAAGGACAAAGGAUUGAAAGAGAAAAGACAUAAGGGAAAAAAAAAAA